AGAUUUUAAGGCCGCGUAGACUUACUCUUCCGCUUACGCUGCUGGUUCUCUCUCUCUCUCACUUCCCACAGUGUUUUUUGCACUUUUAGGUUUCCUUCGAAACAAAGCAAACCUAACAAAUCUAUUCAAUUUUACUUCUCACUCGCCGCUGCUUCGCUGCUUACAGUAUGCCAGAAGAGGUAGAGUACCGCUGUUUCAUUGGUAACCUUUCAUGGUCAACAUCAGAUAGGGGUUUAAAAGAUGCAUUUGAAAAGUUCGGAAAUCUUCUUGAGGCAAAGGUAGUUGUUGACAAGUUUUCUGGCCGUUCUCGUGGAUUUGGAUUUGUCACUUUUGAUGAUAAAACAUCAAUGGAAGAAGCUAUUGAAGCAAUGAAUGGAAUGGAUUUGGAUGGGCGGAAUAUAACUGUUGAUAGAGCUCAGCCUCAUCAAGGGUCAGGGAGAGAUUAUGAUGGUGAUCGUAACCGCGAUCGUGUACGUGAUCGCGAUCACGAUCGUAACCGGAGCUAUGAUGGUGGACGUGGAUCUAAUGGUGGGGAGUGUUUUAAGUGUGGGAAACCUGGACACUUUGCUAGAGAGUGUCCUAGGAACUUAAUCAAGUUCAGGUCUCGCAAUUCUAUCAAUAUUUUACUUUCCACAUUGCGGGUAUAUCUACCAAUUACAAAAUUAUCAACAGUGCGCAUUCCACAGGAAAGUUGGAGGAAGGAGGAGGCUGCUCCUGGGUCAUGA